AUGUCUAACAAGUAUACCCCAUUAGAUAGCGCAGAGGACUCAUCAAGUAUUCCGGAAACAGUCCCUCCAAGUUAUGAACUAGACGAGAUUAUUCCUGGUGCAAGUAAUGGAAAUAAUCACGUGUAUUGCCCACCACAACCCCUUCAGGUUGAAGUUCAUACUGAUGACAAUGUAUUAUUUAAGCUGCUUAAACUCAAACUCAAUUAUUAUCCAAAUCGAGGUGUCGAUGGAAUUCAUCAAAUAAUUAGAACCAAAUUGAAUUCCAUGGGAAUAGAUCUCGGGGAUGAAGUAUAUCUGAUUGGAGAAUUGGAAAAUCUGAGAUUUCGCUUAAUUUUAAUAGACGAGGAUGCAGUUGGAGAUGAAAUACACUACUUCAAGGAAGGGAAAGAGCUGGCCAUAGCAAAAUCAAUACUGAGCGCAGAUUUUUGGGGAGUUAUAUUUAUGCUAUCAUGCAUUAUUAUCAUCUUUAUACUUUUCUUUUUUAUUAUUAGAUAUUUAGCUACCCGGUAA